CAACCCCCACCAGCCAUUACAUCCAGACUUCGGCCAACAAGAGCAAAACUCCCAUCUACUUAAGAAAAUACGACACAGAGACACUAUGGAAGGAGGCCAGAACCGUGAUGUGAUUCCAACUUACUUAGGAUGGUCCAUCUUUAACACCUUAUGCUGUUGUCUGCCUCUAGGGAUUGCUGCUAUUGUUUGCUCCUGCAAGGCACAAAAUGCUAAUGCUGUUGGAGAAUCAGCUCAAGCUGUGAGUGCUUCAAGGACAGCCAAGACCCUGAAUGUCGUCGGACUUGUGUGUGGAAUAAUUUUGAUCAUCAUAUUCAUCGCUCUCAAAGCCACUCAGAUGUAAAGACAAUAUCAAUGGGGCUUGUUUUUGCCAGCAAAUGUGUUGAAAUCACAGCAACACCUUUGUGUCUCUGAGCCUCCCCGCCUCCCCACACAGGACCACAAAGUAGAAACAGAUGUGUACAUGUGUGUGCGUGUGCGCAGGCAGGAUGUGUACAUUUGUUUUUCUUUGUAAUCAACUCAAGCCCCCAUAAAAACAUACGAGGAAUGCCUUUACGAUGCACUGCUUGUGGUGGUAAAAGCCCCCAAAAAACAUGUCUGAUUUGCAUAAGGAGAAAACUGUUUUGUUAAAAAGAAUAAACUGUGCAACAUGAA